GUCCCGGCGACUGUCGAGGCAGAGGAGAGUGUCGCCAGGGCAGCUGUAUCUGCCAAGAUGGCUAUGCCGGGGAGGACUGCGGGGAAGAAGUGCCAGCCAUUGAGGGCAUGAGGAUGCACCUCCUGGAGGAGACCACGGUGCGCACAGAGUGGACCCGAGCUCCAGGCCCUGUCGAUGCCUAUGAGAUUCAGUUUAUCCCCACGGCAGAAGGAGGGAGCCCUCCAUUCACAGCUCGGGUCCCCAGCUCUGCCUCUGCCUAUGACCAGAGAGGACUGGCUCCUGGUCAGGAGUAUGAGGUCACUGUCCGUGCCCUUCGAGGAACCAGUUGGGGCCCUCCCGCCUCUAAGACCAUCACCACCAUGAUCGAUGGUCCCCAGGACCUCCGCGUGGUGGCUGUGACACCGACCACACUGGACCUCAGCUGGUUGCGUCCCCUGGCUGAAGUGGACCGAUUUGUGGUGUCCUAUGUCAGUGCUGGCAACCAGAGGGUGCGGCUAGAAGUCCCCCCUGAAGCCGACCGGGCCCUAUUAACUGACCUGAUGCCAGGCGUGGAGUACGUGGUGACUGUCACAGCGGAGCGGGGCCGGGCAGUCAGCUACCCGACCUCUGUCAGGGCCAACACAGCGCCGGCCCCCUACCGUUACCCGGAGGUGCGCCCCCCGGCCGCGCAGCCCCAGCCCCGGCCGCGCCCCGCCCCCGCCUCGUGGCCUCCGCGGCCCUCGCCGCCGCCAGAGCCAGAGCGCGAGAAGCCGAGUCCCGGGCCACCGGUGCCUCAGCCUCCUCGGCGGGCGUGGGGCAACCUGACUGCCGAGCUGGGCCGCUUCCGCGGGACGGUGCAGGACCUGGAGCGCCACCUGCGGGCCCACGGCUACCCCCUGCGGGCCAACCAGACCUACGCGUCGGUGGCGCGCCACCUCCACGAGUUCCUGCAGCGGCGGCCAGCGCCCCCGGGCCGCCCGGCCUCCCCACCGCGCCGCGCGCACCCCGCGGCCAGCCCAGCUCCGGGCACCUCAAAGCGGGACUCCAGCCCGGGCAGUCCCGCGCCCCGCCACCCCAAGCCCGAGGUGUUGGGCAGUUCGGCCGACGGUGCACUCCUCGUGUCCCUCGACGGGCUCCGCGGCCAGUUCGAGCGCGUGGUGCUGCGCUGGUGGCCUGAGCCGCCUGCAGAGGGCCCAGGCGGGGAGCUGAGCGUGCCUGGCACCGUGCGCACCGUGCGCUUGCCGGACCUCAGGCCCGGCACAACCUACCACGUGGAGGCCCACGGGGUGCGGGCGGGGCGCACCUCCAAGUCCUACGCCUUCGUCACCACCACAGGGAACACACCCUUGGGGGCUACAGACGAACCUCCUCCUGCAGGCUCCUCCACAACUCAAGGAGUGGAGGCCCGUGUGGUACAGCGGCCCCAGGAGCUGGCAGACCUGAAGGUGCUGGGCCGAGAUGAGACAGGGCGCCUGCACGUGGCCUGGACUGUCAAGCCUGACACCUUUGAUCACUUGAGGCUGCACCUGCAGGUGCCGGAGGGGGCUGGGGCGCACGAAGAGCUGCUGCCGGGAGAUGCCCACCAGGCUCUGGUGCCCCCACCCCCUACCGGGGCCCCCUACACACUGUUGCUUCACGGGAUCCUUCCAGGGGGCAAGGCUUCUGUUCCCAUCACCUACCACGGCACCAUUGCUCCAGACAAGGAGUCAAAGAAGGCCCCCGGCACACCACGCCUGGAGGAGCUGACGGUGACCACCAGCGUGAGCCCUGACUCCCUGCUCCUGCACUGGACAGUCCCGGAGGGCGACUUUGAUUCCUUUGUUAUCCAGUACAAGGACAGGGGCGGGCCCCAGGUGCUGCCUGUGGAGGGGCCGCAGCGUUCAGCCCUCAUCACCUCCCUGGAGCCAGGCCGCAAGUACAAAUUCAUCCUGUACGGGCUUGUUGGCAAGAAGAGGCACGGCCCCUUGGUGGCUGAAGCCAAGACCUUACGUUGGAACGAACCCAGCCUGGACAGCCCACCCCGCCUGGGAAAACUAUGGGUAACAGACCCGACUCCAGACUCCUUGCACCUCACCUGGACUGUCCCCCAGGGCCAGUUUGACUCCUUCCUGGUGCAGUACAGGGACAGGGAUGGCCAGCCUCAGGUGGUGCCCGUGGAAGGGCCCGACCGCUCCGUCACUGUCUCCCUGCUGGACCCUGGCCACCAGUACAGAUUCUCUCUAUUCGGGGUUGCCAACAAGAAGCGAUACGGGCCCCUCAUAGCCAACGGCACCACUGCCCCAGAGAGGAAGGAGGAGCAACCUCAUCCAGAGCCCCCUGAGCAGCCCGUCCUGGGGGAGCUGACAGUGACUGGCGUGACCCCAGACUCCCUGCGCCUGUCCUGGACUGUGGCCCAGGGCCCCUUUGACUCCUUCGUGGUACAGUACAAGGACGCACGGGGGCAGCCCCAGACAGUGCCUGUUGGGGGUGAUGAGAAUGAGCUCACGGUUCCUGGCCUGGAGUCCAACCGGAAGUAUAAGAUGAACCUCUACGGACUUCGUGGCAGGCAGCGUGUGGGCCCGGCCUCUGUAGUGGCCAAGACGGCCCCACAGGAGACUCCGGACCCCACAGAACCCAGCACAGAGGCCCUGCAACCUGCUGAGGAGCCACGACUCGGGGAGCUGACGGUGAGAGGCGCCAGCCCGGACUCCCUGAGUCUCUCCUGGACGGUCCCCGAGGGACACUUCGACCACUUCCUGCUCCAGUACAGGAACGGGGACGGGCAGCCCAAGGUGCUGCGGGUACCCGGCCACGAGGACCAGGUCACCAUCUCGGGGCUGGAGCCUGACCACAAGUACAAGGUGCACCUGUAUGGCUUCCACAGCGGCCAGCGCGAGGGACCCGUGUCUGUCACCGGGAUGACAGCUGCAGAGGAGAGCCCCAGACCCCUGGAACCCAGCACAGAGGCCCCAGAGGUCUCCAAAGAGCCGCUCCUGGGGGAGCUGACAGUGACAGACACGUCCCCGGAAUCUCUGACCUUGUCCUGGACCGUGGCCCAAGGCCACUUUGACACAUUCAGCAUCCAGUACAAGGAUGAGGACGGGCGGCCGCAGGUGCUGCGUGUGGGGGGCGAAGAGCGGCAGGCCACCGUGCGGGACCUGGCUCCGGGCCACAAGUACAAGAUGAACCUGUACGGGCUCGGCCGGGACGGGCGCGUGGGCCCGGUGUCCGCUGUGGCCACGACCGCUCCAGAGGAGGAAGCUAUGACCACUCAAGCGGUGCCUACCACGACCCCCGAGCCACCCCGAAAGCCACACCUAGGGGAGCUGAUGGUGACAGGCGCCAGCCCGGACUCCCUGAGCCUCUCCUGGACGGUCCCCGAGGGACACUUUGACCACUUCCUGAUCCAGUACAGGAACGGGGACGGGCAGCCCAAGGUGCUGUGGGUACCCGGCCACGAGGACCAGGUCACCGUCUCGGGGCUGGAGCCCGACCACAAGUACAAGGUGCACCUGUAUGGCUUCCACAGCGGCCAGCGCGAGGGACCCGUGUCUGUCACCGGGGUGACAGCUCCAGAGGAGGAGAGCCCCAGACCCCUAGAACCCAGCACAGAGGCCCCAGAGCCCCCCAAGGAGCCUCUCCUGGGGGAGCUGACAGUGACAGACACGUCCCCGGACUCCCUGAGCCUGUCCUGGACAGUCGACCAAGGCCACUUCGAUGCAUUCAGCAUCCAGUACAAGGAUGAGGCCGGGCGGCCGCAGGUGCUGCGUGUGGGGGGCGAAGAGCGGCAGGCCACCGUGCGGGAGCUGGCUCCGGGGCACAAGUACAAGAUGAACCUGUAUGGGCUCGGCCGGGACGGGCGCGUGGGCCCGGUGUCCGCUGUGGCUGUGACCGAUCUGCUCCCAGCAGCCCCGGUCACUGAGCCCCCUCCGGACCCACGCCUGGAGGACCUGACGGUGACAGACGUGACCCCUGACUCUGUGGGCCUCACGUGGAAAGUACCUGAGGGUGAAUUCGACUCCUUCGUGGUCCAGUACAAAGACAGGGACGGGCAGCCCCAGGUGGUGCCAGUGACUGCAGACCAGCGGGAAGUCACCGUCCCUGGCCUGGAGUCCUCCCGCAAGUACAAGUUUGUGCUGUUCGGGAUCCAGGAUGGGAAACGUCGCAGCCCAGUCUCCGUGGAGGCAAAAACAGUUGCCCAAGGUGACACCAGCUCGGAGGCCCCACCCAGCCUUGGGGAGCUGUGGGUGACGGACCCCACCCCAGAUGCCCUACGCCUGUCUUGGACAGUCCCUGAGGGCCACUUCGACUCUUUCGUGGUUCAAUUCAAGAGCAAGGACGGGCCCCAGGCACUGCCUGUGGAAGGCCACAUGCGCUCAGUCACUGUCUCCUCACUGGACGCGGGCCGCAAGUACAGGUUUCUCCUGUACGGCCUCCAGGGCCGGAGGCGCUUUGGGCCCCUCACUGCUGAUGGCACCACAGAACCCCUGAGAGCUGUGGAUGCCCCUGGAGAGCCGCGCCCCCCGAAACCUCGCCUAGGGGAGGAGCUGCAGGUGACUGACGUGACUGCAGACUCCGUGGGCCUCUCGUGGACGGUCUCCGAGGGCCAGUUUGAUUCCUUCGUGGUCCAGUUCAGGGACAGGGAUGGGCAGCCCCAGGUGGUGCCCGUGGACGGCAGCCUCAGGGACAUCCGCGUCUCAGGCCUGGACCCCGGGCGCAGGUACAAGCUGCUGCUCUACGGGCUGCAUGACAGCAAGCGUGUGGGGCCCCUCUCCACCAUCGCCAUGACUGUGUCACAGGAGGAGGAGGAUAAGUUCUGGAAAACCCCCAUCACAACCGCUGAGCCGCCCCUAAAGCCACACCUGGGGGAGUUGGUGGUGACAGGCGCCAGCCCGGACUCCCUGAGCCUCUCCUGGACGGUCCCCGAGGGACACUUCGACCACUUCCUGCUCCAGUACAGGAACGGGGACGGGCAGCCCAAGGUGCUGCGGGUCCCAGGCCACGAGGACCAGGUCACUGUCUCAGGGCUGGAGCCCGACCACAAGUACAAGGUGCACCUGUACGGCUUCCACGGUGGCCAGCGCCAGGGACCCAUGUCUGUCACUGGGAUGACAGAUAUAGAGAGGAGUGAGCUAAGAACCACAGCCCUGGCAGAGCCCUCCACCACGACUUCCCAGCCGCCCUCAAAGCCACGCCUGGGGGAGCUGACGGUGACAGGCGCCAGCCCGGACUCCCUGAGCCUCUCCUGGACAGUCCCUGAGGGACACUUUGACCACUUCCUGCUCCAGUACAGAAACGGGGACGGGCAGCCCAAGGUGCUGCGGGUACCCGGCCACGAGGACCAGGUCACCAUCUCGGGGCUGGAGCCCGACCACAACUACAAGGUGCACCUGUAUGGCUUCCACAGUGGCCAGCGCGAGGGACCCGUGUCUGUCACUGGGGUGACAGGCCUAGAGGAAGACACACCAAGCACUCCAGAACCCAGCACAGAGGCCCCAGAGCCUCCUGAGGAGCCACGCCUGGGGGAGCUGACAGUGACAGACACAUCCCCGGAAUCUCUGACCUUGUCCUGGACCGUGGCCCAAGGCCACUUUGACACAUUCAGCAUCCAGUACAAGGAUGAGGCCGGGCGGCCGCAGGUGCUGCGUGUGGGGGGCAAAGAGCGGCAGGCCACCGUGCGGGACCUGGCUCCGGGCCACAAGUACAAGAUGAACCUGUACGGGCUCCGCCGGGACGGGCGCGUGGGCCCGGUGUCCGCUGUGGCCACGACCGCACCCAAAGAAGUUGAGGAGGAGGAGGAGGAGACGCCCAGCCCCCCAGAACGCAGCACAGAGGCUCCGGAGCACCCUGAGGAGCCGCUUCUGGGGGAGCUGACGGUGACAGACACGUCCCCGGACUCCCUGAGCCUGUCCUGGACAGUGGCCCAGGGCCACUUCGAUGCAUUCAGCAUCCAGUAUAAGGACCGGUCUGGGCAGCUGCAGGUGCUGCGUGUGGGGGGCGAAGAGCGGGAGGCCACCGUGCGGGAGCUGGCUCCGGGGCGCAAGUACAAGAUGAACCUGUAUGGGCUAGGCCGGGACGGGCGCGUGGGCCCGGUGUCCACUGUGGCCACGACCGCUCCAGAGGAGGAAGCUAUGACCACCCACGCGGUGCCUACCAUGACCCCUGAGCCACCCCGAAAGCCACACCUGGGGGAGCUGAUGGUGACAGGCACCAGCCCAGACUCUCUGAGCCUCUCCUGGACGGUCCCCGAGGGACACUUUGACCACUUCCUGCUCCAGUACAGGAACGGGGACGGGCAGCCCAAGGUGCUGCGGGUACCCGGCCACGAGGACCAGGUCACCAUCUUGGGGCUGGAGCCCGACCACAACUACAAGGUGCACCUGUAUGGCUUCCACAGCGGCCAGCGCGAGGGACCCGUGUCUGUCACCGGGGUGACAGCCCCAGAGGAGAAGAGACCCAGCCCCCUAGAACCCAGCACAGAGGCCCCAGAGCCCUCCGAGGAGCCGCUCCUGGGGGAGCUGACAGUGACAGACACGUCCCCGGACUCCCUGAGCCUGUCCUGGACAGUCGACCAAGGCCACUUCGAUGCAUUCAGCAUCCAGUACAAGGACGAGGCCGGGCGGCCGCAGGUGCUGCGUGUGGGGGGCGAAGAGCGGCAGGCCACCGUGCGGGAGCUGGCUCCGGGGCGCAAAUACAAGAUGAACCUGUACGGGCUCGGCCGGGACGGGCGCGUGGGCCCGGUGUCCACUGUGGCCGUGACUGCCCCCCUGCCCACAGAGCCCCCGGUGGAGCCCCAGCUGGGGGAGCUGGCUGUGGCUUCUGUGACCUCGGACACAGUGCAUCUGUCGUGGACGGUGGCCCAGGGCCCCUUCGACUCCUUCCUGGUACAGUACCGGGAUGCGCAGGGCCAGCCCCAGACAGUUCCUGUGAGUGGGGAUCUCCGCGAGGCCCGUAUCCUGGCUCUGCACCCAGCCCGGAAGUACAAGUUCCUGCUCUUCGGACUCUUGGGCGGGAAGCGCCGUGGCCCCAUUUCAGUGGACACCAAGACCCUCCCUGACGUGAAACCCACACCCCGCCUGGGGGAGCUGAUGGUGACUGAGCGCACCCCUCACUCCUUGGGGCUCUCGUGGACCGUCCUUGAGGGCGAAUUCGACUCCUUCGAGAUCCAGUACAAGGACAAGGAUGGGCGGCCCCAGGUGGUGCCCGUGGCUGCAGACCAGCGCAGCAUCACCGUGCCCGGCCUGGAGCCAAGCAGGAGGUUCCAGUUCCUGCUCUACGGCCUGGCAGGCAGGAAGCGGCUGGGCCCCAUCUCUGCGGAUGGCGUCACAGCUCCCCUUGAGAAGACCACACCGUCCCCUCCCCGCCUGGGGGAUCUGGCCGCCAGCACAGAGACCUCAGACACCCUGCGGCUGACCUGGACAGUGGCCCAGGGAUCCUUUGACUCCUUCCUGGUCCAGUACAGGGACUCAGAUGGACGGCUGCAGGUGGUGCCUGUGGCCGCAGACCAGCACGAGGUCAUCGUGGAGGGCCUGGAGCCAGGCAGGACAUACAGGUUCCUGCUAUUCGGGCUCGCGGGAGGACAGCGCGUGGGCCCCGUCUCUGCUCUGGGGGCCACAGCCCCAAAAGAGGACGCCCCAGACCCAGAGCACCCCGAGUCCCAUGAAGCCCCUCGCCUGGGGCUGCUGGCGGUGACUGAGGCCACGCCAGACUCCCUGCGCCUGUCAUGGAGCGUUGCCCAGGGCCCCUUCGACUCCUUUGUGGUGCAGUAUGAGGACACAGAUGGGCAGCCACAGGCCCUGCUAGUGGACGGUGACCAGAGCAGGGUCCUCAUCUCUGGCCUGCAGCCUGGCACUUCCUACAUGUUCUUUCUCUAUGGGCUCCAUGGAGGGAAGCGCUGGGGGCCCGUCUCGGCGCAGGGCAGCACAGGACCACCUCCUGCUGGUCAGACCCCCGGAGACCCGGGGCCACGCCUGUCCCAGCUAUCGGUGACUGAUGUGACUACCAGUUCCCUGAGACUCAACUGGGAGGCCCCACUGGGGGCCUUUGAUUCCUUCCUGCUCCGCUUUGGGGUGCCAAUGCCAAGCACCCUCGAGCCACAUCUGCGUCCUCCGAUGCAGCGGGAGCUGAUGGUGCCUGGCUCUCGGCGCUCAGCUGUGCUCCGAGAUCUGCGACCUGGGACCCUGUAUAGCCUCACUCUGUACGGGCUGCGUGGGCCUCACAAGGCUGACAGCAUACAGGGGACUGCCCGGACCCUGAGCCCAGUUUUGGAGAGCCCCCGGGACCUUCAGUUCAGCGACAUCCAGGAGACAUCAGCCAGAGUCAGCUGGACACCACCACCAUCCAGGGUGGACAGCUUCAAAGUUUCCUACCAGCUGGCAGAUGGAGGGGAGCCACAGAGUGUGCAGGUGGAUGGCCGGGCCCACACCCACAGCCUGCAGGGGCUGACCCCGGGUGCGCGUUACGAGGUGACUGUGGUCUCCGUGCGGGGCUUUGAGGAAAGCGAACCCCUCACAGGCUUCCUCAACACGGUGCCCGACGGUCCCACCCAGCUGCGUGCGCUGAACCUGACUGAGGGAUCGGCCCUACUGCACUGGACGCCGCCGCAGAACCCUGUGGACAAAUACAGUGUCCGAGUUACAGCUCCAGGGGCCCCUCCGCUCCAGGGCUCGGCCCCCGGCAUCGCCGAGGACUACCCACUGCACAGCUUGCUGCUGCACACCAACUACACGGCCACUGUGCGUGGCCAGAGGGGCCGCAACCUCACCUCGCCAGCCAGCGUCACCUUCACCACCGGCUUGCAGGCCCCCCAGGACUUGCAGGCCAAGGAGGUGACGCCACGGACGGCCCUGCUCACCUGGACUGAGCCCCCAGUGACCCCCACAGGCUACCUGCUCAGUCUGGACACCCCUGGCGGGCAGACCCAGGAAAUCCUGCUCCCGGCUGGGGUCACCUCGCACAGGCUUCUUGGCCUCUUCCCCUCCACCCCCUACAACGCGCGGCUGCGGGCUGCGUGGGGUGCGAGCCUCACGCCGCCGGUGUCCACCUCAUUCACCACGGGGAGCCUGCGUGUGCCCUUCCCGAGGGACUGCGGCGAGGAGAUGCAGAACGGAGUCGGCGCCUCCAGGGCCACCACCAUCUUCCUCAACGGCAACCGCGAGCAGCCCCUGAGCGUCUUCUGUGACAUGGAGACCGACGGGGGCGGCUGGCUGGUGUUCCAGCGCCGCGUGGACGGGCGCACGGACUUCUGGAGGGACUGGGAGGAUUACGCGCACGGCUUCGGCAACAUCUCGGGAGAGUUCUGGCUGGGCAAUGAGGCUCUGCACAGCCUGACGCAGGCGGGUGACUACGCCAUGCGAGUGGACCUCCGGGCCGGGGACGAGGCCGUUUUCGCCCAGUACGACUCCUUCCGGGUGGACUCGGCCGCGCAGCACUACCGCCUGCACCUGGAGGGCUUCCACGGCUCUGCAGGCGACUCCAUGAGCUACCACAGCGGCAGUGUCUUCUCCGCCCGUGACCGCGACCCCAACAACCUGCUCAUCUCCUGCGCCGUCUCCUACCGCGGGGCCUGGUGGUACAGGAACUGCCACUACGCCAACCUCAACGGGCUCUACGGCAGCACAGUGGACCACCAGGGAGUGAGCUGGUACCACUGGAAGGGCUUCGACUUCUCAAUCCCCUUCACGGAAAUGAAGCUGAGACCGAGAGGCUACCGGCCCCCUGCCCGGGGAGGCUGAGCGGCCGCCACCUCUCGCGCCCAGCACUAAUGCCGAGCACUGAGGGGUCGCGCCCGAGGAGCUCCGGGAGGCCUUCUCUGCCCGCGAUCUCACAGCACCAUGUUUACAGGGGGGAGGGAGGGAUUUGUAUGGGAGCAAUAAAUGAGAAACUGAG